AUGGGCAACUCAUCUUCCAUGCUCACCCAAUACGACAUCGAGGAAGUUCAGCAACAUUGCAAACACGCUUUUACGCAGCAGGAGAUUGUUUCUCUGUACCAUCGCUUCUGUCAACUCGAUCGCAACAACUGCGGUUUCAUCUCUUCCGAUGAAUUCCUCUCCAUUCCCGAAUUCGCCGUCAACCCUCUCUCUCAGAGCUUGUUGAGGAUGCUGGACGGACUGAACUUCAAGGAAUUCGUGGCCUUCUUGUCUGCCUUCAGUCCCCGUGCCACGCUCCACCACAAAAUUCAAUUCAUUUUCAAGGUGUAUGAUACCGACUGCAAUGGAAAAGUGACCUUCCAUGACAUGCUCAGGGCUUUAAGGGAUUUGUCCGGAUCCUUCAUGUCUGAGCAACAGAGAGAGGAAGUUUUGACACAGGUCCUUGAGGAAGCUGGCUAUGCAAAGGAUUCUUCAUUAGUCUUGUCUGACUUCGUGAAGAUUCUUGGCAAUUCGGGUUUGAAGAUGGAAGUAGAGAUUCCGGUGGAUUAG